AUGGAUAUUUGUGUAGAUCUUCAGGUGGAAGUGAGUAGUGAGAGGAUUACUGAAGGUCAGAAGAUCACAUUGACCUGUAAGACCAGCAGCAGCUGUCCAUCAAACAAACUCAACUUCAUCUGGUACAAAAACAAACAGCUUUUAAAUCUUCAACACUCCAACAAUAAACUAAACGUUGGUCCUGAAGAUACAGGCAGAUACUCCUGUGCUCUUACAGAUUAUAACUCAUUCCCAUCCGCUGAGAAAGACAUCAAUGUCCUCUAUGCUCCCAGAAACACAACAGCAUCAGUCAGAUAUUUGGAGACGGGUGACGUGAAUCUGACCUGCAGCAGUGAUGCUCAUCCAGAACCCAAAUAUAACUGGUUUAAAACCUCUGAUACUGGUCAGAUACUGGGACGAGGUCAAAGUUUGACUGUGAAGACUGGAAACACUGGAUUCUUUUAUUGUGAAGCUACAAACACAAUCGGCUCUCAGAACAGCACAGUUAUACGACUGAAAGGAAUAAAGUCAGAUGUGAUGUUUGACAGACGUGGAUUCAUCAUCUCUCUCUUAUCUUUACUCAUUCUUCUGAUUCUGAUGUUGAUCUCUGCAGCUGUAUGGAGGAUGUGA